AAAACCACCACAUGAUCAACCAGCAGCGCCUGGGCUCUGAGCUCGCUGGCUGCACCUCUUCUGUGCACAUAUUCCGAAAACAUACACGCAUACACGCCAACCAGCUUCCAGAUCGCUCACACAUGGAGACAUAUGCAUGGAUAUAAAAUAUAUAUGCUGCAUACGUACUCGCAUAUGUUCAUUGCACGGAGGGCGCUCAGCUUUUGGAUUGUCCUAGGCUGCUGCUGAAGUCGGAUUUACACGCAGGUCAUCGCGAAGGGGGCGUGACUUUAAGAUUUUUUUUUUCCUUCUACAAAGCACCCCCCCCCUUUUUUUUUUUUUUCCAAAACUGACUUUUGCCCCCCUCUCCAUUCGUGGAAAUCCUUCACUGGAUGCCGCUGCACUGAAGUUUAUUAAUUUUCUUGCAGGGUACGGUUUUUUUUUUGGGGGGGGGAGAGAGGUAACAGUGUCGUUCCCCCUUCUUGUUGCUUCCCCCACUCCUCUGGAAAGGAAAAGGGAGCAGCUGCCGAAGAACAAGAUUUCUGAUGUAGUCAUCGGUGAGAUUUCUCUCUUUUUGCUCUUUUUCCGAUUUGAAACUGAUUUAUGCAUUUCUCCAAGUUAAUGUUCCUGGGAUUGGACUCAUUUUAGCCAGACACUUUGACAGCUUGCUCCGGAGAUGUUUGGAUCUCAGUUUAUGCCUCUAUCUCGAUCUCAGUCCUUGUGCGGACAAGGCGACUGACACCAGCGUUUCCCGGAGUUUGUGGGAUUCAUUUAAAAUUAUUAUUUUUUUCACCCUUCAGCAAAACAGUUUUAUUUGUGUCGACUUAAUUUGGCACCAUAACACUGCUUGGAUUGGCUGAUUUUUACAUCUGCUGUUUCUUACACUUGGUGCACCCACAGCCCAGCAAAGAAAAGAAUACGAAAAAAAAAAUCCUAUCAAGUCUCCUCCAACACACCGGGUGUCUCUUCUUUCUCCUCCAGCUGCUGCAGAACUACCGCUUUAUCUCUGUCCGCAGCCAAACUCUACCGAGCAUUUUUGUUGGAUAAAGGAAAGUACCAAACUUUUUUAAAGGUUUGGGUGGUAUUGCCAUUCUUCGUCAACCCAACUACUUUUUAACCAUUUCCAGGACCUUGGCAGGAGUGAGAUUUAAUUCAGCAGUUUUGCUUCCCCACCCAUCUUUGCUCCUCACAGUCUCCACUGAAUCCGCAGCAUCUACUUCCUCAAAGACUUCCACGGGUUUGGCAAAGCAAAGGCGAAAGGGUGGUAGUGAGGGGAGCAUUUUAUUUUCAGAAAAGAAACGCAUAUACCCCAAACUAACCACUUUACUUUGGCAAUUUUUUUUUAUCAACUACCAAAAUAACUUUGAAGGAAACAAGACAGAACGAGAGAACAGUGCCGGAGAAGAGCCACCACCCGUCAGCUUCCACAACCACCCUCAGCUAGAGGUGCAAGGGCUGAACCGGGGUGGGUGGGUUGGUGUAUGUCUCGCUGUGGUUUCUGCAAUGAACUCCCGGUGAAUGUGCGCGGAGCGCCUCCGCCACCUCCUCGUUGUGUCGCCGCCGCCGCCACAGCUCGGUUCGGCUCCCAUCUCCCCCUCCCGGGGUGACCAGCCUCCUCCUACUUCUUAAGAAACAGAUUUGGCAUUCUCCCGCUCUCCCCCUCCCAACCUCGAAAUACACACGCGUCUCUUCUCCAUUUUUUCUUUCUUUCUUUCUUUCUUUCUUAAAUUCCCCGCUUCGUCUCCCCCCCCUCCGGGGGGGUGGGAGAGCUCGCUUAAUCUAAAAGAAAAAAAAAAAUCAGAUUUUCCUCGUUACUCCUUGUACUUCUCAUUCCUUCAUCCCCUACGAUCUGUUUAGCAGACCCUUUUCCUUUUUUCCCUCAUUUUUUCCCCCUACUUCCCUCUCCCCUCCCCCUUGCUCCCUCCUGUGUUUGUGUUUUUCACUGUUGGACUGGAGUGAUGUUGCACGUGGAGAUGUUGAUGCUGGUGUUUCUGGUGCUCUGGAUGUCUGUGUUCAGCCAAGAUCCUGGUUCCAAAGCUGUCGCUGAUCGCUACGCAGUCUACUGGAACAGCACCAACCCCAGAUUCCAGAGAGGUGACUACCACAUCGAUGUCUGUAUUAAUGACUACCUGGAUGUGUUCUGCCCUCAUUAUGAGGACUCAGUCCCUGAAGAUAAGACAGAACGCUAUGUCCUAUACAUGGUGAACUUUGAUGGCUAUAACUCCUGUGAUCACACCUCCAAAGGGUUCAAGAGGUGGGAAUGUAAUCGACCUCAUUCUCCAAAUGGACCACUGAAAUUUUCUGAAAAAUUCCAGCUCUUCACUCCCUUCUCUCUAGGAUUUGAGUUCAGGCCAGGCCGGGAAUAUUUCUACAUCUCCUCAGCAAUCCCGGAUAACGAAAGGAGGUCCUGUCUAAAGCUCAAAGUCUUUGUUCGACCAGCAAACAGCUGUAUGAAAACUAUAGGUGUUCAUGAUCGUGUUUUCGAUGUUAACGACAAAGUAGAAAAUUCAUUAGAACCAGCAGAUGACACCGUACAUGAGUCAGCCGAGCCAUCCCGUGGUGAGAACGCAGCACAAACACCAAGGAUACCCAGUCGGCUUUUGGCAAUCCUACUGUUUCUCCUGGCGAUGAGUUUGACAUUAUAGCACACUUUACUCCAGUAACCUGUCACAGAAAACAUCAGGAUUUUGGAACAUCAGAAAUCCACCUAACUGCUCAUCCUAAGAAAGGGACUUUUUAUUGGUUUUUGCAGAUAUCAGAUUUCUUUUUUUUUUUUUUUUCCUUUCAGCCUGAACUAUAAGCAACAAUUUGGGAGGCAUAACUAAUUUCUGCCUCGCAUUUCCCCCUUGCCCAUGAUUUUUCUCACCCUUUCCAAAUUAAAUGGACUCCAGAUGAAAAAGCCAAAUUGUUAAAAUGACACCAGUUAUUCUUAUACUCCUGUGCAUUCUCUUCAAAGGACUCACCUCCGUUAGCUUACUGCGGCAUCAGUAUGUGGACAAGGAAGAAUAGUAGCAGAUGCAGUCAGUGAAGGAAAAGCCCAGGAGGAUUUUACUCUCCUAUACAAUAUUUAUGCCUUCUCAUUCAGUACUGUAAGAUGAUCAUGCAGGGCAUCUUGUCACCAUGUCAGGACUGGAGGAGAGAUAUUAAGAAUAGAUAUAAUGUAACAUCAUUUCCUCUAGGAGUUCCUAAAUUAGCAGGUUUCUAAAAGGUAAAGACACUGGGUUUUUUUUUUUAAAUGACUGUCCUAAAGAAAUCCUGACAGUAAGACUUGUGCUCCAUUGCAGAAGCUUUGUUUUGAAAGGAGGUUAUAUGUAGGGAUAUUAACAAAAAGCAAGCAUGGUACCAUAGAUAGCAGUACACUGGGGGUAUGUAUGUGAGUGCCUCUAAUUUUGUUUUUCUUUUUUUGUACCAGAUUUUUUUUUCUUUGAAAAUGGAUCACCAUGGUGCUACAAUCUUUUUGUUUCUUUAUUUGUUUUACAAACACAAAGAGGCAUUUUUAUGAAUAAAGUGACCUUCCCCAGGGCUGACAAGCCAGGGUUGAUGAGUGGAUAGAGUAUAUAGCCUGGCAUAUCCCUCUGGGUAAUGAUAAAGUACCAAGAAAAGAACACCACUGGCCAGAGGAAAUGUGAUUCUGGAACGCUGGUUCUCCAGUGCUUUAUUGCCUUCCCCCGAUUCUCUCCUUUACCCCCCCCCCCAAAGAAAAAAGAAAACAGGUCCUGCCUUGAAACUCACUCCUUUCCACCACCACCACAGGGGAAGCUAAAUAAACCCCUGUCAUAAGGAGAGUCAAUUAACAUUGUUUGGGUGGGCAAAAGGGAAAACCAGAAUAAAAAUUCAACUGUUGCUUUUAUAUUCUUUCCCUUUCAGAUACAGCUUAAAGAGUAGGGGGGAGCGUGUUUAUCCACAGGAGAUUAACUAGAUGGGGUCCCAAAGACUUUAACAAAAUAUUUUUUUAAAGAUCCACUAGAAUAGAAAAUACAUUAUUUAGAUAUACUUUAUGCUGAGAGUGAGUAUAUAUGCUUGUCCUAUUUAAACUUGUGAGCGAUGUGGUAUCCCUUGAUACAUUUAGGAAUGUGGGGGAAAAUCUUGUUUCUUGAAAAAAAAAAAAAAAGCAGGAUGACCCUGUUCAGAGAAUCUUAGCAUGGCCAACAUGGGAUUUACAAAUUGAUCACCAGGAAAUGCAAGUUUUGGGGAGUUUUACUGGCCAAGCUGCCAUGAACUUUGAAUUCCAAAGCAUAGUCAGGGAAAUGUGUCAGACCAAUGGAAAAAAAAAAUAGCCUUUUUUAUUGCAGGAUAUGUUGGUUGAACCAAGCCUUUCAAAAACAAAAACAAAAACAUGAACAAAAAAACAAAAACUGUGAUGAAUAUGUCAAAUGUGAAAAAUGGAAUGCAUUCUGAUGGGAGAAAAAGGAUUUUUAUAUAUUAGUUUUUAAAAAUACUUAUGUAAAAAAAUCGGUGAUGUUAAUGGACAAAAUUUAUAAAUGGGAAUAAAGUUCUUAUUUAGAAUUUUGGGAAGUCCUCAAUUAGAAAAACAUGAAUGAAAGGCAAUCAUGGAUUUCUGGCACACAGGAGAGUUGUACACAUGAUCAAAUAUAAUCUGGGCUCACCUGAUAUUAUUCAGAGAAUAAAUAAUAUUGAUGCAGGGGCGGUCCUUAUAUAGGACAAGUUGAGUGGGGUAUCAGACACAGGUACAAUCGAUCCGUUUUUUAGAACUUCAGCCAACACUCAACAGAAAGCCACAAUCUAAUGUAGAUUUCAGUCACCAUUUCAUUGAAAUAAGAUUUCACUUCAGGUUUUUUUUUAAAUUUUUGUUCCUUAAUGUUUUCAGUAAUAUUGUUUUUUAUGGAUUGUAGACUGAUUUAGGGUUGGGGGUGAAGUGGGAUGAGGAGAAUGACACUUUUUAAAAUGGAUCAAUAGUGAGAAACAAAAUGAUGCUGCAUGUUCCAUAACCGUGAGUAAAGAAUGACCCCAUAAUGAUUGCAGAUAGUUGUAAUUACAUUAACAGUGCUAAUUUCACUCUAGAAAUGGUGACUUUUGUGGUUUUCUAGCAUUUGUCUCUAACAGAUAAUGAAAUAAUGUACUCAUGGCCCUCUCUACCAUUGUCAGGGAUUUUCUUUUACUAAUGUUAUUCACAGUGAAAUUAGACCCCUUUGCUUCACCAUAGUGCCACUGCUAAUUAAGUGAAAAAUAGCAAGACUAUUAAUGCCAGUAGACUGAGUGCUACACCUCUUAUAAAUAGCAUAAUUGUGGAUAAUGCAGUUACCAGUUUUCUUGGAUACUUGAUGGCAUCAGGCAAUCUCAGUCACAUCAAGAAAGUACUGGUGGCCUUUAUUUGUGUUGUUACAACCCUCUGGAAGCUUUGGAGGAUGUCAGUGCAACUUUUGAGCAGCUUUGUGUUUAAAACAGAACAAUCAGAACUGUAAGCCUUAGGGGCAGCUUUGGCUGUCACUGGGCUGGUACAGCCAACCCCAGUGACCUGCACUCCUGGUUGCCAAGGGCUUUGCAACAUGAAGCAGGGAAAUAAGGAUCAGUCUGUUUAGUGGAUACUGUGUAUCCUUCAAUAGACAAGGUAACAUUUCGUGUUAGUUUAGAAUAUUGUUUUGUACUGUACUUUCUUGGAUGGCAAAGGAAAGACAAGUAAAACAUUAAAAAAAAAAACUACGUUCUUUAAAUUCUGUAUUAUUAGCAACCUCUGUUGUAUAUAGUGUUUGAUAAUAAAGUAUUAAUUUGAUUCUUAUGUCUUUUGUAAGUGAGAACAAUAGACUUUCAGGAUAUAAAACAUGCAUUGAUUAUUAGAGCUUUGAAGCAUCCAGUAUGUUACAUGGUUGAGAACUGAGUCCCAAGUGGCCAUGACAUUUUAACACCGAGGACUCAUCCAGGAAUAGCACUCAUCCAAUUUCAAGACUUCACAAUAUCAGGACCCAGAACAACAUGACUUUUGAUGAUCAAUGUUUUGUCCUCAUUGUUUUAAGGGUUUAAUGUUAGAGUCCUGUUUGGUGUGUUUUUCCAGCAUGUUGGUUCUAAGAGGCUGAGGGAUUUAGGAAUAGUUCUGCACUUCAGUUUGAUCUGAUUUUCUGUUUGUCUUCAUGGACUGUCUCCUCCCAUCCCCCUUCCCAAGAGUCCUGCCAGCAUCACAUAUGGAAUAUACAUGAAAAUGAAUCUAAACUGACAAAUUUGGGAGGGGCCAGGGUGUGUUGUUCUCCCCCUUCUUAUUUUGAAAAAAAGAAAAAGAAAAAAAGUAGCAUCAAUAGAUUUUUCAGAGACAAUUGUGUUUUCCCCAUUGCCUUAACAGCAGCCAUGGUGGUUCUAUUAACUUCACAAAAUCAGAGCUUCGUUUGACUGUCCAUUCAUUGCAUUCAGAAUUGUGGUCACUAGCCUCACUUUUAAAUACCACCACCACCUCCACCACCACCACCCCCUUUGCACUUCCUGAUUUUUUUUCCCUAUCUCUGCCUUCUUCCCAUUCCUUCCCUACCCUUACCCACCCCCACCCCUGCUGUGAAUGGGCAGGUCUGUUUCUGGUUUGGCAUCAGUGAGUUUUUCCCAUGCAUUCUCUCCUGAGCUUCUCAGAUGUGAGACAAAUCUCCCUACAAUAGACUUGCUGCCAUUGUCUGUACAGUUUAAUAGAUGCUGGCAUGUUGAAGGUUACCCAUGAGUCUGCGAAAUCCGCUUUCCAUGCUUACUCUUGACACCCCAUUGAAGCCACUCAUUGUGUGUUCAUCUGGGUAUGAAAGUCCAGCUCAGUGUGGUCCUGUGCUUGUACUGCCCUGCUUUGCAGUUCCUUUGCACUUAUUUGAGUGCUGUUUUGAAAUGCUUACAUUAUAUGAACUUAAAAAAAUGUAAAAAACAAAAAACACAAACAAACCCAUACAAUCUGUAUUUGUAUAUACACGUGUCCGUACAAGUAUACCUAAAUAAAAUUAAAGGUUUUCUUCAUUUUAA